CGCCCAGGAGGACGGCCCCUCGGCGGGGCCACAACCCUUUCCCUUUCCCUGCCUCCCCGCCCAGGGCCCCAUUCGCCGCCGCCAGCACUUUCCUGCCGCCUCUCGCGCGAGCCCCCGCAGCUCCCCAGGUGCUUCACCAGCACAGCGGCAAACAUGGCGGCAGUCGAGCAGCAGGAGGGCACCAUCCAGGUACUGGGCCAGAGCCUCUUCUUCCGAGAGGCCAGGCCAGGUGGUGGACAGCCGGCCCGCUUCUCUGUGUUACUGUUGCAUGGCAUUCGCUUCUCGUCUGAGACCUGGCAGAAACUGGGCACACUGGACAGGCUGGCCCAAGCUGGCUACCGGGCUGUAGCCAUUGACCUGCCAGGUCUGGGGCACUCUAAACAAGCAACGGCCCCUGCUGCUAUUGGGGACCUGGCCCCCAGCAGUUUCCUGAAAGCUGUGGUGGAUGCCUUGGACCUAGGCUCCCCAGUUGUGAUCAGCCCUUCACUGAGUGGCAUGUACUCCCUGCCCUUCCUCACAGCCCCUGGCUCCCAGCUCCGGGGCUAUGUACCGGUGGCCCCCAUCUGCACUGACAAAAUCCCUGCAGCUGACUACGCCGGUGUGAAGGCCUCAGUUCUUAUCGUGUAUGGAGACCAGGACCCCAUGGGUCAAACCAGCUUUGAGCACCUGAAGCAGCUGCCCAACCACCGAGUGCUGGUCAUGGAGGGAGCAGGGCACCCCUGUUACCUUGACAAACCAGAAGAGUGGCACACCGGGCUGCUGCAUUUCCUGCAGGGACUAGCAUGAGGACCAGUCUGCUGGGCUUCUGCUCUCCUGCUUUCUCUCUCUCCCUCUCUCUCUCUCUUUCCCACCAGGGGCUCCUGCUGCUCUUCAUGCACAUGCAACAGGUGUGUCUGUCUGUUUUCUUGUCUUUUGGGGUCUGUCUCUUUUUUUCUUGCAGUGGCCAAUUGAGGAAGUGAAAUCAAGAGAGAGAAAAAAAAAGCUUAGGAAUCAAGGGACAUGAUCCAGUGCAGGGCAAAGUAUUUGAUGAACUGCUCUCGGACUCCCCUCAACUCUCCCCUCCUCCUUUGGCUGUCCCGUAGGGCAGACACACCCCUGCCUUAGCCUCUGAGGUUACCAGAUACUUAGACAUUCAUGUUUAAACAUUCAGCACCAUCUAUGUCCCCAAAUAUGACCCUUCCCUUGGGAGCAACCACCCAGGUACCUGCAGCUCUGCACUGCACACACACACACACACACACACACACACUCAGGCACACGUGCCCUCCCUGCCAGGCGACUCCUCAUUGUCUGGGGAGGCUGGAACCCUUCUGGCCAUGCCUCACCUGAGACCCUCUUUCACGCUGAGAGCGUGGCCUGGUGCCAUUCUCUGUUGACCCAGUAGUUGCAGCUGGCCCUAGACUGGAACAGCCCCCAUCCGGCCCAAAGGAGAGGCUAACCCCUUUGUGACCCCCUCAGAUUCAGCUCCCUGCUUCGUCCCAUCCUUCCGGGUGUUCCACGCCUCGUUAGGUUAUUAGGCCUGGGUGUUCUUAGCCCAGCUGGUUUCCUGCUAUGAGGUUGGGGGUGGGGUGGAGAGCCGGAGUGGAGGUCGGUGAAAUAAAGUGAUGCAAUCAGA